AAAACAUGUUGCAUGAGAAAAUCUGACCUUUGCAUUUCUGUUUGAUUCUUUUUUUAUUAUUUAUUUAUUUAGUUAAUUUCAUCUUUAAUGUGUGGAGCUAUGAUAGUCCAACACACACUGAGUCAUGCCACACAAUAUAUUUUCAAUCUUAAGAAAAAGCGGUAUCUCCUUGUCAUCUUAUGAUCAUCUAACGCUUUAACAUAAUUAUGAAUUUUCUAUGCAGUAGGCCUAUAAUUACAUAGUCUUAAAAACCAUGAAGGAUUCUUCAGACUACCUUAAAAAUAAAAGAUCAUUCCAGGACACUUUUGCUCCUGAAGUAACUUUUCCCAUCCAGUGAGUGACAAAGUUCCAGAGGCUACAUGUGUGUAAAAAACAAUCUUGUUGCAUCAAUAUGAUAAGCUGCCUUUUCAAUAUUGCAUGCAUGAAACAAAGUUCAAUUUGACCUACUGUAUGUUUUAUAAAAUGUGCCUGCUGAUACAUGAAUGAUAAACACAUGGCAUUGACUGAAAUAGCCUCAUAAUGUAAUGAUCCCAUGAUCAAUCAUUAACUUCCUUAUCACGGUGUUUGCACGCACACAUCAGCUACAGUAUGAGUGCUCUUUAUACAUCCAUCUAUCGUGCAAACCUCCAACCACACUAAGAAGGAAGUGAAUACUGAUGACAGUUAUAGUUUCACUCACCCCUUUUCCGUUUUGGUGUUUCUGGCGCUGGACAACGCAGUUCCCGAAAACAGUGACUUUUCCUGUGUGGAGCAACAAUACAGACCAUAAUGAGGCUGAUGUAUUGCUGCAGUGCUUUGCUGCUGCUCGUCCUCAUUCCCAGAGCCUGCCAAGGUGGCAACAUCCUGGUCUUCCCCGCUGAGGGCAGCCACUGGGUAAACAUGGAUAUUCUACUUCAAGCUUUGCACUCGAAAGGACACAAUAUAACUAUUGUUCGUUCCAGCAAAUCCUGGUACAUCAAGGAGAAAUCCUCCUAUUACAAUACCUAUACAGUUCAAGUGGAGAGGAGCUUAGAUCAGAAGUUUAUUACAGAAAUCAUAUCGAAGUCCAUCGAAUUUGAAAGGGGGGCUCUUCCCUUGACUAGUUUUCUCAACAUGGCCGUAGGAAUGAUGGGCGUAUUUAUCGAUGCUCACGCAGCCGUGGGUGAAUUUGUAUCAGCAAUGCUAGAUGACCAAGAGUUGAUGAGAAACAUGAAGGACAGCAAGUUUGACAUGGUACUCGCCGACUCCUGCUGGGGCGGUGGAGUCAUUUUGGCCAAAUAUUUGAACCUUCCUUUGGUUUAUAAUGUUCGGUGGCUAAUAGCUGAAGAGGCUCAUCUUGCUAUUGCUCCUUCACCUGUGUCAUAUAUUCCUAUAACAGGAUCUGGACACACUGAUAAGAUGUCCUUUUUUCAGAGAGUUAAAAACGUCAUUUUGCAUCUAAUGACCCAAGCUCAAAAUCGGCUGGUGAUCAAGGUAGUAUACCAGAAAAUAUGUGACAAAUAUCUUGGGCCCGAUAAUGACUUUAACCAGUUAAUGCUUGAUGCAGACAUUUGGCUGAUGAGAGUAGACUUUGUGUUUGAGUUCCCUCGGCCCACUAUGCCUAAUGUUGUUUAUAUGGGAGGGUUCCAGUGUAAACCUGCGAAACCUCUUCCUGAACACCUGGAGGAGUUUGUGCAGAGUUCUGGAGAACACGGGUUUAUCAUGAUGUCUCUGGGGACUUUUGUGAGUGAACUUCCUGCCGACCUAGCUGACGAGAUCGCUGCAUCUUUUGCAAAACUACCCCAGAAAGUCAUCUGGAGAUAUAAAGGUGACAGACCAGCCACUCUGGGCAACAACACUUUAAUAGUAGACUGGAUGCCACAGAAUGACCUCCUAGGACAUCCAAAGAUGAAACUGUUUGUGGCUCAUGGAGGAACAAACGGCGUCCAAGAAGCGAUCUACCACGGAGUCCCAGUUGUGGGUCUGCCCUUGUUUUUCGACCAAUACGACAACCUGCUGCGUCUGAAAGAGAGAGGAGCAGCUAAGCUGCUAACCAUUCAAACAGUGGACAAAGACGACAACUUCCUGAAUGCCAUACAGGAAGUCCUGAAUGAGCCCUCCUAUAGGAUGAACAUACAGAGACUCUCCAGGCUGCACAGAGAUCAGCCGAUGAAGCCGCUGGAUACCGCCCUCUUCUGGAUAGACUUUGUUAUCAGACACAAAGGUGCAGCUCACCUGAAAGCUGAGGCCUACAGACUGCCCUGGUAUACCUACCACUCUGUUGAUGUGUUUUUGUUCCUGGCUGGAGCUGUGCUGCUCGUGCUUUUAACUAUUUUCAUUUCCAUCAGGUGUUUAUACACUAUAAUGUGUAAACGUAAAGUCAAACGGGACUAAUCAUUCAACGUCGUGUCAAGAGGGUAACACGCAAAUUGCAUAACUCUCACGAAGAUGGUUAAGGUUAGGCAUUGACUUUGAAUGGUUAAG